UUAGAGAUUACCUUUACCGUUCCGAGAAUCUGCGCGAAUAAUGGCGGAAUCAGUGCCAGAAUCAGGUCAAAUCCUCGCCGGAGAAUCCCAGACUCUCCCCGUCGAUGCCGAAAGCAUCAAGCAGCGAGUCGACGAGGUUGUACAGUGGGUUGAUUCGACCUUAUUGGUUCUCUACUUGCAGCUUGAGCAUAAACUGGUACAAGUAGAGGAGUUUUACUCGAGCGUUGCUGUCUCAAACUCCUCAUCCUCGCCUGCCUCUAGACAUGUUGUGGGAAUCAGGAAGGUUCAACAAGAGGCUGCUCGUAGGGAAGCCGUUGCUGCAAAGAGAAUGCAUGACCUCAUGCGUCAGUUUGGAACUAUCUUCCGUCAGAUAACGCAACACAAGUGCGCAUGGCCUUUUAUGCAUCCUGUUGAUGUAGAAAGUCUUGGUCUUGAUGACUACUAUGAGGUUAUUGACGAGCCCAUGGACUUGAGCACGAUAAAGAAUCAGAUGGAAGCUAAAGAUGGUACCGGGUACAAACAUGUUAUGCAAAUAUACGCUGAUAUGCGGCUAGUGUUUGAGAACGCGAUGAAGUAUAAUGAAGAAGCUAGUGAUGUUUACUCUAUGGCCAAAACGUUACUGCAAAAGUUUGAGGAGAAAUGGGCACACUUUCUUCCAAAAGUUGAAGAAGAGGAGAAAAUACGGGAGGAAGAGGAGAAGCAAGCAGCAAUGGAGGCGCUGCUAGCAAAAGAAGCAUCUCAUACCAAAACAACUAGAGAAUUGAGCAAUGAGAUUUGCAAUGUUAAUGAAGAGUUGGAGAAGCUAAGGCAUGCAGUUGUGGGAAGAUGCAGGAAAAUUACAACUGAGGAGAAACGUAAUAUUGGGUUGGCAUUCUUGAAACUUUCUGCGGAUGAGCUACAGAAAGUGCUGGGUAUAGUUGCUCAGGCUGAUCCUAGAUUUCAAACCAAAUCAGAAGAAGUGACGAUUGAGAUGGACGUACUGGACGAACCAACACUGUGGAGGCUAAAGUUUCUUGUGAAGGAUGCGUUAGAGAAUAAGAAGAAAGAAGAGACAACAAAGACUGGAGAUGGUAGAGGGACGCAACAAAACAAUGAGGUUCCUAACAAGCGAAGUGCUGUGAACAAGUUAGCAGAGAGAAGAACGAAGCGGCCAUGCUUGUGAUUCAGAAACAUGACCAUCUCCUUUUUGUCAAAAUCUUCUGCAAUAGUUGUGUAUAUCAGAAACAAAACUAGAAUAUUUUCUUGUUUGGAUUUUGCUAAUGCAAUUUCAGAAAGGUUUUAGCUUUUGUGAUUUUAUUGACAUUAAUAAAAGAGAGUUUAGCAAUUAGUAAGACUCA